GCAAUCGCGUACACCCGCGCUUGUCUCACCUUUAUUUUUGGAAGCGGCUCGACUCGGCACGGCGCAGCGGCGGCUGGCUGUCAUCACAGUGUUGGCGUUGCCCGAACGUGCGUGUGUAUAUAAGUACGCGCGUCUCCGACCGACCGGAUCGCGAGCGAUGUCGACGCGAACGACGAUGACGACGACGAUGUUCAAGCCGAGAUUCAGCUCGACGCUGCUGACGAACGGCAGCGGCGAACUCGCCGGCGAGAAUGCCGAGACCCGGAAAGCGGCGCCGGCGAGGUUCUGGGCGAGGAUACGCCUGGACGAGUGGACGUUCAGCCUGUCGCUCUUCGCGUUCUCGCUCGCCAUCGUCCUGGGCAAGCUUUACGUGAAUUACGGAAAGCCUUUGUCAUGGCAAAUUGGCGAUCGAUACUCAUUGCCGUCGGUGGCAACGUUUACGCAAAUGUACGAAACGAUACCGAGUAUGUCCAUUUUACCGAAAUUCGAUAUGAAACAAUUGCCGGCGGAUAGCGGGAGGCUCUUGAGUGCCAGUAAUCAGUACGCCGCUGAUAUGCUGAUCACAAUUUACGGGAGAUACGGAUGGCUGUUGAAAGCGGCGAUGAGCGGACUUGUGAUAACAGGUUUCACCUGGUUCAUCCUUUACAAGGACAGCAGUAUACCCGGUGUUAAUCCACCGUCUCCUUUCAGCCCUUCCAGACAAAGGAUACAUGGCAGCUCGAGGAUACAGCUGAAUUAUUUAGUCGGCGUGCUAAAUGGGGUAUUAUUUUUCGUUUACAUGUGUCUUUAACGCGAUGAAGACGUCGCCCGCGAUUUUUCGAAAGAUAUUUCUAUUUUUUUUUCUUGUUUAUAGUAUUAUUUAUUUUACUAAUUUAUGUUGUCGUCGGUAGCACGUUUAUUUAUGGCUCUCACGAAAGAGAGGAUACUAAUGACGAAGUAGCCUUAGCGUUUUGUAGCUUUUGUCGAUUAACAUAAUGCGAUGUUUACGCAACGUUUUCGUAAGUACCUUUGUCUAUGAGCGAUAAUCAAAUAUCGCGAAAAUGCGUUUAGGAAUGCGUUUUCUAAAAUGGUGAAGAAGCUUUGAACGAUGUAUUAUUAGCACGCAAGAGAACUUGUUCUACUUCUAGUAUACGUAUACUAGUAGUCGUUACUAACGGCAAAACGUGUAGAAAGUAUUGAAAUGAAGUGCGGUUGCGCGCGGUAUGCAACGACCAAAAAUGUCAGAGUACAAAACAGAGAUCGUUGUUCCAUACCCUCUUCUCCAAAAAUUUUGCAUAGUUAUAUUGAUGGCUACUGUUUAAGACUGAUCGAUUAUCUGAUGAAGGGGCAUAUAUUUAUUGAUAGGCUAGAUUAAGUGUUGUGAAGUACAAUUUGUACGCAGAAUACAUAUAUAUAUAUUUACAUAUAUUUUUUGCAUGCUUAUAUAAGAAGAAAUAUAAAUGGCAGAAAAGCGUGAAGCUAAAAUUAUAUUUAAUAUUUAACGCUCUCUCUGAAUGUUACAUCGCAUUAUUAAGAAAAAAAACGGUUGAAGUUUCUUAUUAGACAGCUAAGUGUAUUGCGAUGAAAAACGCGCCUCUGAGCGCACGCAUUAGCAUAUGUUUAAAUUAUACAUUUAAAUGAUCUCGGCAAACAACGUUAUAUUUAAACAGCGAGCAGCACGGCUCCGAUCUCAAGCUCGGUAUUACGACUUUUAAUUGCGAACGUUUAUAAAAAUUUAUAAGUACCCGUGCGUCGUGGCUCGUACAAUAAUGAGAUGGAAAACGCGGUCAAUCCUUUUUAAUUGUUACCGCGAGGCAACGGUGAGAUUCGUAAGCUUUAUUAUGAAAUAUAAAAAGAAUUUCUCCAAUUCUAAACAAAAUGUUUCUGACUGAGUUGUAAAACAAUAAAUUUUCGUGAACACUUGUGAAAGUUACGAAACAUUUUACGAACAUUGGACAUUGGAGAGCGCGAGAAAUGAUAGUUAUAUAUAUAUAUAUACACGUUUUAAAGAAACAUGCGAGCUAGAGUAAGAUGAUUAAUCCGGAAGUUUAGGCGAUAAGAGCAUGAUCGUUCUUUCCGGUCGUCGCAGAAAUGAUUUUUCAGAAAUACGCUGUAAAGGAAUAUUUUAUUUUUUAAACGACUAACGUAAGACAGGAUUGAAAGGAAGGAAAACAAAAGGAGUAUUAUUUAUAGUGUGUAAGCUGCGCCUUAAUUGUUAAUAUUAUCGCUGUAUGUACACGCACACGAUGUGCGUUCUCUCCUGCGCGGAGAAAAGCGGAGCGCCGUUCCAAUAAACAUUGAAUUUACAUUCGCAAAA